CGGUAACAGUACACCCAACAAAGCAGCAACAUUCACACAAUGGCUUCCGUCAACGGCGCAUCAUCUAAUUUCGUCCCAGAGCAAUUAUUCCACACUGUCCUUCAAGUAAUCGAUUAUUCUCACGAUGCAUCCGGCGCCAAUCGUACAACAUUUGUUCUCAAAACACACGGCACCUUAGAAGCCGCAAAGAAAUUUGCCGUUCAUUCACUAGAGUCCAUCAACUUCACGUCCAGCGACUUCCAACAAUAUCAAAUUCGUGGCGACAGAGCCCCAUCCGAAAGCUGGUCCCACGGCGACGGCGUCUUGCUCUUUGCCCGCGCUUUCGAUGGACAAGAGUUCCUCGUUGGGAUCGAUACCACACCAAACAAUGAAGGUGUAGCCGCGAACCCGGAUGGAGACCUUGUACUGCCAGAGGGCGCCAAGUUCUUGCAUUAUGUUCUGCAGAUUUCUGUGGACUAUAACGCCGAUCGCAGCGGCAGCCUCCAGACUACAGAAAUCCUAGGAGUUUACGUCCAUCGAGCAGAUGCUUGGACGGCUGCAUACAAGUGCCUCGACCCGACACAGUAUGCAGAAUAUGAUCGCCGAGGCGACUCGCAAUUUAUUGGAGAAUGGCCUUUUGGCGAAGAUAUCGCUGUCCAUGCUGUUUCUGAGACGGGCCAGAAUUAUUUCAUUGCAGUAAAAAAUCCUCCUGAGAAGAAGCAUGAACUCAAGCAUCACAAUUUGAAGAAAUAGGUAGGGUAUGUGUAACGCGUGGUCUGUUAAUAAGUAGUAUUGAUGGAUAUUCCUUGGAGAUAUAUCAUAAGAAGGCAAUGAGUUAUGGAAUCCGUGUAUUUAUACUCGUGAAUUCUACUAUGCAGCAAUCCAACAAUUCUCAUUUGUGUCACCUUUUUGGUCUCAUGAGC